AUGGAGCAUAAUAUUCAUACCACAAUCUGCAAGAUGGAGGAUUCAAUUACUGACCUCCAGUUCGACCCAACAUCUGCUGAAAAAAUUGCAGAAAAUGAGGACUUAGCAAAGGAGAUUUUCAUUCAUCUACCCGCGACCCAUCUUGCUUCAUGUCUACAGGUCUCAAAAUUGUGGCGAUCUUUCAUCUCGAAUCAGACAUUUGUUUCCAGGCACAAUUUUGUUCAUCCCCCUUCAUUAUCUGGCCUGUUUUUGAUCCCAAGACAAAUUACCCAACAUCCUGGAGUUCAUUUUCUAUCCCUUAACCCGAGAAACCCUAAUGUUCAUGUUCAUCCCUUCACGAACUUUCUUAAUUCCAGAAGUUUCCAAAUCAUCCACUCGUGUAAUGGACUUUUGCUGUGUCAAUCAGGGGUGUCGCGUUACUAUGUGUGCAAUCCUUCAACGCGUCAAUCGAGGAUCCUUCCUCGUUGUUCUUACAUGGAACAAGAUCAGUACGCGCUCAAUUUAGCUUUUGAUCCUCUUACUUCACCUGAGUAUAAGAUUGUUUGUGUGCAAAAGCUCGAAAAUCAGCACACAUUCUACCGAAUAGCCAUUUAUUCAUCUGAAACUCGCGAUUGGAGUCUCCUUCAAAAGCCCUAUUCUGCACCAAAUGAUGUAAACUUCAAAAAUGGAGUAUUCUGUCACGGCGCAAUUCAUUGGUCGACAACCACAUACGGAGGAAGAGGAGUAUAUUUAAAAUUGAAUACGAACAUAAUAACAGAAAUGCCAAUAGCUCCAACGCAUGACGAGGAAUCACAAUCACAAUACAAAUUCAAGUAUUUCGGGAAAUCCGAAGAAUGUUUGCUUUACAUAAUUUCUCGUCCUCUUCUAAACCACUAUAUAGCGUUUAAAUUGAAGGAGGAUUAUUCGGGAUGGGAAUUGAAGUUUCGGCUUAAUUUGAAUGUGUUGAUACCUAAAUUUCCGGCCAUAGCCAGGCACUUCGGGUUUCAUCCAUUGUUCACUGAGUAUGAAUGUGAUGUGUUGUGUAUUAAUGGUGCAGGGAUCGAUAAAGAUGUGGAAAUUGUGUUGUCCAUACCAGGUGAAAUCAUAUUUUUCAAUCUUAAGAAGAAAAGUUCAAUAGAAGUUAGAGAUCCUGUUUUUCGUUCUUGUGAUGUAACCAUUUGGAUUGUUUUCACACCAAUUGCGCCCUUUGAGGCAAAAUUCAUGGGACAAAGGGAGUAA